UGCCCGCAGCUCGCCGACCAGUUCUGCAACGCGAUCGGCGUGCUGCAGCAGUGCGGGCCGCCCGCCUCCUUCAGCAACAUCCAGACGGCCAUCAACAAGGACCAGCCCGCCAACCCCACCGAGGAAUACGCCCAACUGUUUGCAGCAUUGAUAGCAAGAACUGCAAAGGAUAUUGAUGUUCUGAUAGAUUCCUUACCUAGUGAGGAAUCGACAGCUGCUUUGCAGGCUGCUAGCCUGAGCCGCUUGGAGGAGGAGAACCACGAGGCGGCGGCGCGCCUGGAGGAGGUGGUUUUCCGCGGGGAUAUGCUGCUGGAGAAGAUCCAGAGCGCGCUCGCCGACAUCGCGCAGUCCCAGCUGAAGACGCGGAGCGGGACGCAGAGCCAGCCCCUUCCAGACUCCUAGCGCCAGGGGGCAGCGCYCGGCCGCCAAACGGAGCUUGCAAACGCUGUCCCCUCGGGACUUCUGCCUCCUGCAGGACGCUGGAGUG